GAGUGCCAACGGCAUAGUGUGGGCUGGACUUUAGUGUGAGUGAACGGAGGGGACUUGGAUCGGUCCGUGCCGCCUGCAGUUACGGAGUGCCAUAAUACAAGUUGCGUACAGAACACACCAUAGUGUCAGCCAGUGCACGGUUGAGCCCACAUUGUUACGCGUUCACAACACAAAAGGACCAUAGACUCAAGUCUCGAGUGUUCCCGAGGUGCCUUCUUUAGUUUUUUUCUUCUUCUUCAUCUUUGGUUGACCUGCUGCCUUGAGGCUGAUCUUCUUACUUACACCUCACCCUUGUCUACUCUCUGCUCUGACUGCCAAGACGAGGGGGGAAAACAGCUUCCCCUGCUACGGUGUUCUUCACCAAGCACACACGGGGAAAAACCCGGGUGCGGGACGCCCCGGUUUUUCUUCUUGGGAAUUCCUUUUAAUUUCAGCUCUAUCACCUCGAAUUAAUGAUCAAGUCUGUGUGGAGUGUGUUGACCUAGUGUCUGAGAGACUGUUAACUGCUGCCGUGGUUCGCAGCAGAGAACUCCGGACUCUACACUUCAAAGCGACAAAAGUCGCCGUCGCGCAUUCUAAAUGGCACAGGAACGGUCCGACCUUUUAUCCAGCCACCGACCAGGCUUCAGUGCCGCCUCGGUCGGGGCAACCUCGUCAUUUUCCCCGGCAACGCGUCUCUCACACACGCCGACCGCCACGGACUUCCAGCCUCCGUACUUCCCACCGCCAUACAACAUUCCCCAGCCUCAAUCGCAGCUGGAUUUUCACCAUCCUCAUGUGAACACGGACCCUUAUGCACAUCUGAAUCCUAUCCACCCUCAAGCCCAGCACCAAUACAUGCAUCCUCAACAACGAUCGCAACACAUGUUACGAUCAGGUAGGGAUGAAACGGACCACUUGAACCUUCAUCAUCCCGGUAUGCAGCUCCCACCUAGCCGUGAUUAUUCCGGGGUACGUAGACCCGAUGUCUUGGUUCAUGGUGGGCCCCACGGACUAGGCCCAGAGCAAACAGAUCUUGCCAUGUUACACCACCCUACUGGAUUGCACGGAGUGGACGACACAACGAGAAACCACGCAUGCGGUAUUGACGUCAUCAGAACAGUUCCUUGGUACAUGGAGGCUUCCGACCCUUUCAAGGGCGCACACGAUGACGCAUCUAGUUAUAUACACGGGGACCACCAUUCAUCAGUUAUCAGAAAAGCCGGUAUUCGACAAAAGAACGAGAAUGGUAAAGAUGGUCUUGUAUCGAAUGUCACCUCACCGAACGAUGUAUUCUGCACCGUACCAGGCCGUCUCUCACUCCUAUCAUCAACCUCCAAAUACAAGGUGACGGUAGCCGAGGUUCAGAGGCGAUUGUCCCCUCCAGAAUGCCUCAAUGCUUCACUCCUCGGAGGUGUCCUCAGAAGGGCAAAAUCUAAGAACGGAGGAAGAUAUCUGAGAGAAAGACUAGAAAAAAUUGGUUUGAACCUCCCCGCUGGAAGGAGAAAAGCCGCUAAUGUUACGCUCUUUACGUCAUUAGUUGAAGGUGAAGCAAUACACCUAGCCCGUGAUUACGGUUAUCUAUGUGAGACAGAGUUUCCUGCUAGACAGAUAUCAGAGUAUAUUGCCAGACAACACAACGACCCAACUGAGGUCCCAACUAGGAGGAACAUGGUCCUAGCUACAAAGCAAGUGUUAAAGGAACUCCAGGAUGUGAUGUGUCAAGACCGUACACCAAUCGGCAACACAAGGCCCCAACCCAUCCUAGAGCCAUCCGUCCAACGAUGCCUGACCCACUUCAGUCUUAUCUCACAUGGCUUUGGAACUCCCGCGCUUUCUGCUUCUAUGGCAACCAUCCAGAAUGUGCUGACAGAAAUGCUGAAAUACAUGGACAAAGCAUUCCCCAAUGUGACCCCUCACUCGGCCCAUUCCACCUCUGGGAGCAAGAUCGAUUCCAACUCCAAUAAAACAAACGGCGAGAAGUCGGAUGAACCACGGAACAAGGAAGUGGUAUGAGACUUAUAAACAACUGUAUCAAUCCACCACACAAGAAGGAGCAAGUUAAGAAGGAGGAAAGAUUGAGAUAGAUGGUUGAUACGUUAAUAUAUAAGAGAUUGACUGAUCCAUACAGGAACAACGCGCGUAUCUUUAAGGAGAAAGAUUUCUGCUUUUCUGCACCUUCGGCAAACGCAGACUUCAGUGAAACAUCUGACAAAUAAAACGCUAGCUAUGUCGGAACCCUUCUGGGAAUUGAGAUGUCAGGAUAUCAGACAUUAACGAACCGAGGUGCAGCAUGACAACACGUGGAUUAUUUUUUUAACAGAAAUCUUCCCGCCAAAAAGAAAUAAAACAUCUGACGUCAGACGUCUGUACAGACAUGCGCAGUAUAGUCCGACGUGUAUGACGUUUCUGACUAUGUAUCGUUGUACCAAAGACAGUGUAUAAUGGUUUGUGUUGCAUUUUGUUCUUGUUGGUUAAAAAGCGUGUGACCAUCCAUCCCUUGAAAAGGGGGAAUUUUUCUCCAAUCUAGGACCUUGUUUUCCCACCGAAUACUAUUAAUAAUGAUUAUUUAAGAAGAAGCACCUUUGAUGGCAAUGGAUCUCACCUAUAAAGCGAGAUUAAUUAUGAGCCAGUGAGUGCAGAUUGUGCAGUAUAAGCCCUGCUUUUUAUGUGUUGUCUACGUCUUAAAAACCAAUAAUAAGAUUGGACUUUUUUGUAGGUAGUUUUGAGUGGUCAAUUGUGGUUUUUGCAAACACUUGAUACUUGCAAUUCAUUGGUGCACAGCAGCUUCUGCACGUAUUCCAUGUAAUACAAGGGGAUUGUUAUUAAGAUAAUAACAUUGGAUCUCAUUGUGUUUUAACAGAUAAUAAUUUAAAUAAUUGGUAUGUCAAAUCAUACCACACAUGCCAGGACACUGUUUUUGAUUAUUAGGAAGUUCAGAUGGUUGGUGGCAAUACAGGGAUAUUUCGAGAGGCUGAAAAAAAAACAUUUCUACAGGUUCACUGCCUUCUAAAACGCUUGUUACCGGCAAAACAUUAUUGCAAAUUCAUUUAAGGAGCUGCCAUAUUUGAUUUCAAAUUCAUCUUAAUUUCUCAGAACACGGUUGUAAAACAAGAGGCUGUAUUUGAACUUAUCCUUAAAAUCUAUGUUGUAAAGUGUACUGUUUCAGUUGCAUUGUAUCAUCGCAUUUGACAAUCAAACAAACAAAAGGCUGACAAAUCUUGUUAAAGUAUACGUCCACUUAGUGGGGUUUUAGUAUUCUUAUUAUCUCCUUAUAAUGUACAGGGGCAAAUCCAAGUAAUGACCAAAGUGUAUAUUUUCCAUGAACUGCAAAAAAAAAAAAAAAAAAAAAAAAAAAAGUGCCAACACAAAUUUGUCCCGUCAAAACUGGCAUUAUUUUGUUUGCCAAAAAUAAUGUAAAGUAUUCAUUACAACUAAUCUUGUGUGACAAAAAAUGUAGAACUGUGAUGAGUUUGGAGCUGCGAUGACGUCAUAACGAAGACACGUGACUGGGUUUAUAAUAAUAUGAUGCGUACGUCAAAUUCGGUAAUAAAUCAAAUUGCUGCAUAGAUUAUGUUUUGGAUUUUUUUUAGGGGGAUUUUAUAAAAUUUGAAUGAUUUUUUUCCGAAUCAAUGAAAGGCUGAUAUAAACAGUACUGCUGUCAAAAUCCACUCAAUCCGAGAAAAGCAAGAUAAACCGUUAUGAAGAUUUACAUUAGGUUAUUUCUAUAGCAAGCAGAACAGCGAUCUUUGCUGAAUAGGUCUCCGAUUUUAUGAAAUAGCUGUUAAUUAAUAGUAUUUACACGUGCAAUGUUCCAUUAUGUUUACGUAGCUUUCGUGUAAAAGCCAUGGGGUGCCGUUUAUCACUUCACAAUGUAGUCACUUUAGAAAGAGUUCAUAUUUAAGGUCUUUCAAUUUGCAAUCCCAAAAAAAUUCUCCCGAUUUCAUUCAGAACUGCCUGUUUCCAGUUUGGAUUCUUGCAGCGCCACGUUACAGGGCCAAUGUUACGUUCGCCAUUAUUUUUGUCAAUACAGGGGGAUAUUCAGUUAGUUACCGUCUGCUUAUUAUGCAUCCUAUGAAUCCUAUGCAUACAUAACAUUAUGAACGGCAGGAUACCAGCCAGUUUCAAGAUGGCCGACUCUAAUCAUACCCCGCCCCUUCGUUUAUAAAUCAAGAAACUUGAUUUUCCAAGAUCUUCUUGUUCGUGUUAAGUAGUGCCGUGUCGUAGACUAGUAUUCGUAUUAUGACGUCAUUAAUUACGUCAACUAUGGCUAGGUUUUUCUCCUAGACGAAGCUAAUCAGUGUCGGCUUUUAAUGAACUUGAGAUUUUCUCCGAAAUUAGUGAUAAACAUUGUUUGCAAUACAAUAGAUUUUAAGGUCCCAACACGUCAUUACCACUACCCCCCCCCCCCCACCACCACUCCCCCUACACUCAGCAGAAAUAAUACUCAAUAUUGGCCAAAGGAUCCCAACAUGGACAACGUUUAAAGAUCUGCUAAGCUUAUAAAACACACAAAGUCCCCUAAGCAGAUUUGCUAAGCAGAAGCAGGUCACCAGCCACAGUGUAACCUGAUGUUUUAUUAUUCAUAUAAUGGUUACCAUUUCCCCCUUUUUAUUUGUCGCUUAUCAUAUAAACGUGCUAAGCAAUAUCAUGUUAGUGAGCUCUAUUUGGGGUCGGAACUAAAGCGUGUGCACAACUCAAGCGGGUCGAACAUCACAGUAAAAGAACGAAUGUAAACUUAAUCUAUUCUUGAACUCCAAGUUGUGGUUGUUCAAGGGAGUAGAGUUAAUUCCCACCCUUAAGUUAUUUUUAUUUUAAAAGAGUGUUUUCAGAUAAUUGUUUGCCAAACGUCGCUUUCUACCUCUUUGUACGAACAGUAGUUCUCGUGGAAGUUGUGAGACUUUGUUUUCGUUGAAAUGAGGGACCAUAGCCAAAAGAGGCCGCUAGGGGGCGCGCUGACCAUUCAACGGUUUCAACUCCGUGUAAUGUUGUUUUUAUUAUUUGUUUUUAGCAGUGUGUAAAACUAGAUACAAACUAUGUUCAUCUAUUAGACUUUUAUAGAGAUAUUGUAGAAAUUUAAGAUACGAAGAAAAAGACAGAUUGAUUAUCAAUCUGGACAGAAUAAUGAAAUUAUAAAGUCUUUUUGUAAAGACUUCUUAAUAACCAUUUCCUAGAGUUGGGGAAAAUACUUGUUUUUUUUUAGAUAACAAUCCCACCAGAUUUGCUAUUGUUAUAAAUGAAGACUGCAGAUUUUACAAUUAUUGAUUGUUAAUACUGUACAUCUCAUUCGUUUAGAUUUAGGUUUCAUACAGAACUGUUCGCAGAUCAUGGAGAAAUAUUGGACUUGUGACAUCAAGUCCAGACUUUUGUGUGUUUUCGCCCUCCAUACUUUGUUAUGGUCGCGCGAAAAGGCAACUAUUGCCAAAAAUAAAAUUAAUCGUUUAAUGUUUUGAAUAACCAAAUGAUCAUGAAAGAUUUGUUUCCUUUUUUAAAUAAUAAUAUUUUGUAUUAUGUGUGAUGAGUGGACGGGAAGCGAGUCUAAUGUGCGUAUUUUGAAUAUUGUACUGUACGUAAUUAUCGUCUUUAGUUCGAGUCAAUACUUAAUUUAUCAUAAACUAGCCUGCUCAGUAUAUCCGUCCUUUUAAGUGUAUUAACGCAUAAUGUACAAUCUAUUAUUUGGAAGCCAACGCACGGAAGACUGAGCAGGCUACUCUAUCACCCACCGCCGAUGUUCCGUAUGUAGGGAGUGGGAGACUUGUAUACAAAUAAAGUGUUUUUCUUUUAUAUCAAAGUUUUUGUUUCUUUCUUCUAAUACAUAGCUCUGGGAGUGCUAUUACAAGUCUAGGAGAUCAUGAGAAGAAUAGGCUCCGUAUAGCUUCAUUGUUAAUAUGUGUAUCACGUGACUUGUAUUCAUUAAUGCCAUGUUGUACAUGUAGAUAAUUACAAAAGAAAAUGAUCAGUCAGUGUUCGGUUGUACUCGUCAAAUCAAACAAACAAUUUUUUGGAUUUAUCAUAAAGAAGUGCAAAUAUUUCGAACGGGUUUCAGUCGCUUUUUACGCUUGGCUUUUAGACAUAGACUUUCUCAAGUCGUCUUUUCUUUCUUUGUUCAUUUACAUCUUUCAUUGUCUCAUCAAUUCAUGCAUAUAUUAUAAUUAUUAUAUCUUCCUUGACAAUGAGAGGCUGUUUCUAGGUUUGACGUCACAUUAACUCAUGCAUAUUCAUGAUCGGACACAGGGUGUUUUUUCUAUGUAGAUUUGUAUAAGGUUUUUCUUCGUUACUAUGGUAGUGUCCAGUCCAUUGUGUUCAAAGAUGCCAGUCUCCAAUUGGACAGUGUAUUUUCUAUAGAAAUCGUUAUCGAUUUGGACAGAAAAACAGCAAUUUGGUUUUCACAACAUUUUAAUUGAAUUUGCUUGUCAGGGCUACUUUUAGUCUUGAUUAUAAAGGGGCCACUGUGGUACAAUAAAUGGGAAAUAGAACGAUUGGUUUAUCUUGUGGGAUUUAAUAUGAUGACGUCAUGUCACAGCGUAUUCCUUUAUAAUCAAAAUGGCGCCUGUUUGCAAUCGUCUUUCUUUUGCAUACUUUAUUUAUCUUCAAAUUCAACCGAUACAGUUGCACUUAAAAUGUUAUGGCCAGCAGAUUUGGAAUACAAAAUGAAAGAAAUGGAGGAGGGGCAGCAUAUGUGGCCAAUUCUGCGGUAGGCUGCGCCAUGAAAUUGUGCCCGAGUUUGGACAGCAUAAAAGUAUUUAUUGAAUGCUCGUUCAUCGGCCAGUUUCAAUAUUAAUUGAACAAUCACACACAUGCAAUUGCGAUUAAACUGGCAUCAAAUCGCGCCUCCAAUUGAAAAACAUUCAAUUAUUGCAACUUUUAAUUUUAAAGGGGGGAUUACAAUGGAAUAAAUCUGUACAAAUCAAGAUAAAACAAUGUGCAUGUGUAUACACAGAGAAACAACUGAAUAUGGGUCAUUCUGAGGGAGGGGGAUUUUGAUAUGCUAUAAUUGGUAACCAUGUCCAUUUUUGUCUUUGAUAAUUUAUAGAAAAGUUAAGUACAAGUUAUGUGAAAAUAAUGCUAAAGACAGAUGAGGUAUAAUAAAAAAAGAACAACCUACUAAAGAAUAUA